AUGAAUGAUUUUUUGUUAAUUAUUUUCUUGGUCUCGGUGUCUUUGGAAAAGGGGUUGGGUGAUGAUGUUAAAUGGCCAACUCCAACACAAACAAUUCCGCUUACUGACACAAAAAAAGUUACAAAACACUUGGAUUGUAAUUAUAAAAAAUAUGUGCCAACUGGAGGCGGUUGGGGCAGUGGAGAAUUUAUGAAGCCAGUAAUUGAAAUAGCAGAUGGAGUUAAAAUAUCGAGAUGUAUUGUUGAAGGUGCUGAUGGUUUUCAUUGUCUUGGAACUUGUACUAUUGAAGAUUGUUGGAAUGAUCAUGUUUUAGAUGAUUCUAUUAGUUUAUUUGGCACUAGUCCAAACUCUGUGUAUAAAAUUAACGGUGGAGGUGCAAGACUUGGUAAAGGAAAAACGAUACAAUUCGACGGUGCUGGAAAAUUAUAUGUCAACAACUUUUACAUAGACGGUGCUGGACAAGGAAUCCGUCCCUGUGGUAACUGUAAGCAGCAAUAUCGUAACCGUGAAGUUCAUGUAGACGGUUUAACUAUAAGAAACCUCGAAGCUGGACAAUAUGUUGUUGGGGUAAAUAAAAAUUACGGAGAGAGAGCUACCCUCAAAAAUAUUCAUAUUUAUGGAUCAACAGCAAAUCAAGUAUUUCCUUGCAAAGUAUUCGAAGGAAAUAAUCAAGGUAAAAAUCCAAAAGUUCUUCAAUCGGAAAAUGAUAAUGGAGGGGAUGGAACUUAUUGCAUUUAUAAAAAAAGCGAUAUUCAUAUUAAUUCAUAA